CCAAAAUAAAUAGUUCGCGCGUUGCGAUUUGUGAGUAUACUUCAACAUAAAUAGUGAUUAAUGUAUUAGUUGGUGUUGUUAUUAUUGUUUAUGUAGGCCGGUUACCUAGGAAUCCGAAUCAUUAUUACCAGCAAUAUAGUAGUGAGAUACCAGAGCAACUGAGAACAUACUUGCCAUUCCACUGUUGUGUUAGUGAGGAAUUAAGCCGAAGUAAAAAUGCCUCGCAUUGACAACGACAUCAAGCUUGAUUUCAAAGAUGUGCUCCUGAGACCGAAGAGAAGUACUCUGAAGAGCCGAUCGGAGGUGCACCUUUGGGAAUCAGUUGAUCUGUAUCGCUCAUACGUGUUUCGUAACUCGAAACAAAACUAUGAUGGUAUUCCUGUGAUAGCAGCCAACAUGGAUACUGUUGGUACUUUCACGAUGGCCAAAGAGCUAGCAUCAAAUGGUUUAUUUACUACAAUUCAUAAGCACUAUUCCGUUGACGCAUGGAAGGAGUUUGCAGAGGAGAAUCCAGCCAUUCUUAAGCAUAUAGCAGUUAGUGCGGGGACAGGGAAGGGUGACUUUGAGAAACUAACACAGAUCAUUGAGGCAAUCCCAGCCCUCAAAUUCAUAUGCCUUGAUGUUGCUAAUGGUUACUCAGAGAUGUUUGUCCAGCAUGUUAAGGAAGUCCGCCAACAUUUUCCAAGUCAUACAAUAAUGGCAGGGAAUGUUGUUACUGGGGAGAUGGUUGAGGAGCUGAUUCUAGCUGGUGCUGAUAUCAUCAAAGUUGGCAUUGGUCCAGGCUCUGUGUGUACCACAAGAAAGAAGACUGGAGUAGGGUACCCACAGCUGAGUGCAGUCAUAGAGUGUGCGGAUGCUGCCCAUGGCCUAGGUGGUCAUAUCAUUUCUGAUGGAGGUUGCACAUGUCCUGGUGAUAUAGUUAAAGCAUUUGGUGCUGGAGCUGAUUUUGUAAUGCUAGGGGGUAUGCUGGCUGGCCAUGAUCAGUGCCCCGGAGAUGUUCUGGAAAAAGGUGGAAAGAAAGUGAAACUCUUCUAUGGGAUGAGCUCAGCAACUGCUAUGAAUAAACAUUCAGGAGGUGUGGCUGAAUACAGAGCAAGCGAAGGCAAGACAGUUGAAGUCCCAUAUCGAGGUGACAUAAACGCGACUGUUUUAGACAUCCUCGGAGGGUUGCGGUCAGCGUGCACAUACGUUGGUGCUGGUAAACUAAAGGAACUUAGCAAGAGAACCACAUUCAUUCGUGUCACUCAACAGCUUAAUAAUGUUUACGGAAAUUCAGCAUAGCAUUCUUUUUUCUUGCAAUUUGGAUGUCUUAGGUAGUUUUCGCCGUACAACUUUAAAUUUUAACGUUAGUACCCAACAUGUAACACGAUAGCUCCACCCCUUUUUGUAAACAAAUCAAAAUACUCAUGCGCAAACCGUAACUAACGUACGUAGAGCAAGUAAAAUCCUGAAAUUUAUGUACUCCGCAACGCAAGAUGAAUAAAUUAUGACGUCAUCCGUUUAUGUUAAGGUUAACGUCGUGCGGUGAAAACUACCUAUUCUUAAUCAUAACAUAUUCUACAAGGUAUUAUAUUUAUUAUAAUAUUGAAUAUAUUCUACAUAGAGUGGUAUAUUGUUAUUAGAUGAUGUUGAAUGUGAUUGUUGUGCCGUCUAAGUGGAUAAGUACAAAAUUACUUUUUAAUUUAAAAUGCACUACUACACCUGAAGAUAAAGGAAUGAGUCAUUCCCGUAGUUAUGUCAAGGAUGAACACCUGUCAUGGCAGUGAGAGUAAUAAUAUAAAUAAAAAGGUACCCACUGCAACUUGGUAUUGAAAUAGUCCACUGAAAUUUUGUACAUUUAAAAUAGUGCGUGGAGGACAAAUAACCGACAUAUAUUUGUGUAUCAUGGCAUUGUGUUCAUUUUUAAACAAAAAGGAACAGACUGGCUUCUUGCCUUCCUAUACACUUUGCUACAACUUCAUAAAGAUAUUUUAUGCUGGUACAUAAUAUACAAAUGUAGCUGGAGUGCAACAAGAUCAGCACUUGCUCUGAUUGGAGUGUUAAAAUUGUUAAAAGGUAUGUUGGAUCAGUCUAAUUCAUACAUUGGUUGAUAGUUGAUCCAGUGCUAAACUUGCUAGAAAAAAAAAUAGUUAAAAAAAAAAACAGCAGGUAUAUAUGAAAAGCACCCUCUACAUGCCUUGAUUUGAUAUGUUUUUGUUUAACAUGUAUCGUAAUGUCAAUAAAUAGGCAAACCAUUAUGUAUUUGUAUUUCUCUUGUUUGUGUAUCCUCAAUGCAUAUCUGAACACUUGCAUUUUCUAAGACCAAUAUUUCACCUAUAAUAGCUCUAUGCAUUGCAUAUGAUCAACGGGAGAUGUCCACGACAAGAAGGCUGAUUUCUCAGACAAUAGCAUAAGUGGGCAGGUCCAGGUGCAAAAAGGCUUGUGUAAUUACGUAGAAUUAUUUUUACAUUAUUAACCAGUAUUAAAAACUAUUGAAUAUUAAAGCACUAAUUUUA